GCAAAGGGCGGCUGACUUACAUAACCAACCACUCUCUCGCUUUUUUUCGGCCACAGCCGGCGUUUGUUGAGAUUUGUGCAUCGUAGUGGUCACGCCAGAGCAGAACUUUUUCACUCCAUCCCAAGUUCGAGGUUGCUACCGGCAACAUCUCUCAACACCACAUCCGCGGCCACCUCCCACCCCGCAACAGCAGAUGCCUCUCCGCCACCUCGUCUGACUGACUCUCUGACUACCUCGGAGACGGUCGUCGGGCCAGAUCACAGGGCACGGAGCACUGGUGCCGGAGCCAGGCGGGCCAGGAAAGAGAGGGACGGGUGGAUACGCGGGCGAUUGGGCUGCAUGCCAUCCAGGAGCCCGCAUUCGAGCCACGACACCAGACCCCCGGACUAACGUGGUCAAGCUCGGCUCUGUUUGGGGCCCGGCCUGCCGCUGGUGCCACUGGUGCCACUGGGAGAAGGGCUUCAAUCCGCCUCUCCUGCCCUCGCGCGCCGCUCUUCCUCCCUCCUCUUCCCCUCCUGCCCUGCUGGUCGCUCGCCAUAGAGAUCUUGGGCUCGACGCUCUUCCCCCCCAUUCUCUCUGCAUCCGCAUCCACAUCUCCCUGUCUGUCGACCUGGCUCGCCACCAGCGCGACCUUGCCCUGCGACGGCUGCCCGUUGCGUUGCUGCCCUGUCCUUCCCAGCUUCUUGGCCCGACCCCGUCCCGCCUCCGCCUCCGCCGCCUCACUCACUCGCUCUCUCCCUCCAUCCCUCCUCCCCAUCUCCCCCGCCAGACACAUCGCGCGCUCUCACAGACUUGCCUCUCUGUGCGUGCCCCCGGUGCGACCUGCAGCACAGGACCAACGUCGCAGAGCAAACAACAACGCAGCAGCACAAAGCCGCAGUGCCGUGCGCUCACUGUGUCGCCCCUCUCGUCAUAGCUGCUUCGUUAUCCCGCGCCCGACAGUCCCUCGCUGUGCGUGUGUCUGCUCGUCGAUCUUGCUCUGCCACCCCUAGAGACCCCUUCUGCCGGCUGCAGUCUGCCAUUGAGAGACAGAGACCACAGAGAUUUCCGGGACGUCAAGCCUCGGAAGGCUAUAGUAAGGAUGGAUCCGGAUUGCGCCAUAUGCCGUUCUCCGGCAACACUGCGAUGCGACUGUGAGGCCAAGGGGCUUGACCAAGCGGUGAGGCAGGCCGAGCAGAGGAUGAUGCAGUCGGUAUACAACGACAUCAGGACGUGGGUCCGGUCGCAUGCCCAGGACUACAUCCUUCAGUACUUCCACUACCAGACGGAGCGGCGCAAGGCAGCCCACUCGGCACACCUUGAACGUAUCACCGCUCACUCGUACCACUACUAUCACCAACCACCGCACCCAAACGAGGUCAUGGCGGCACAAGCCACGCUGAAACGCGGCAUCGACGACGAUUGGCAGGCCUCGGUCCAGCGGUACCCCGAGGUGCUCGAGUACUUUUACAGCCUGGUCGACCUGUCCCUGCCCGAGGACACGGAUCCGGCUGUCAAGGACCCUCCCCUGAGCGCCCUUUCCGGCCAGCGCAAGGCCGGCCGGAGGGGUGGCGGGCCCUCUCCCACAGUGGCCAGCGGGAGCAUCACCCCUCAUGAGCAGCUGCCGCCGGCGAGGAGAACACCACCCCCUCUGGAUGCGACGUACGAGAGGAGGACACCGGGCCUGCGCAGGCAGUCCAGGGGCGCCUUUGUGCCGCCCCCACCGCCACCACCGGCAUAUCCACCCGGACCGCAAUCUCUCUACCACCCCGGUACCAUUCCCGGACACCCUGGGCACCCUGGGCACCUGGGUGGCGGGUACUGAUCCUCGAGAUAUUUGCUCCACACACUUCUCCUCCUGCUCUUUUACUUCCGACGAGCAGGUUCCUUGUUCCUCCGUUUUCAGCCUCCUUUUAGCCAUGGAGCCCGACGACGUGUGGGGCAAACCGCCUCUCCUCAAAAGGAAACCAAAGAAGAAGAAAACCCCCCCGACAUCAAAACUUAUGCAUCUCUCAUUCUUCCCGUAUUGAUAUGCCGAGAUGCCACGAGACUCACGCCAUAACGAAAUUCACGAAAGAGAGCAAGCGGCUACUUUGCAUGACCUUGGACCAAAAGGGACGAAAUACGUCUUGCAUAGCAGGCGGGGAGCAUUUCAUUUUCUUUAGAUUCUCCGCGACUCCUAUCUACCUCCUCGAUAUCAUGUCGUCUUUUUUUGCUUGUUUGUUUCGAUCAUCUUUGAUUCCCUCUCACUUUGAGCUUUGACGGUUCAAACUGUUUCCAUCUCUUUGCUCCUCUUCUUAUUGUUAUUCUCUUCAAAGGCGGACUUUUUGACCUCUCGGAUUUGACUGGACGGAUGAGGCGUUAUUUAUUCUGUUUCGAGCCUAGCGCAAUCUUAUUCCCCAACUUCCCUCCUCAUCUCGGACUCGAUUUUGUUCCUCGCCGCGCGAUCAUAGACGAAAUAGUGUGUAUCCAAGAUGAAGAGCCAGGAUGCGGUAAUGGGCUCAUAUGUUUUCCCUUCUUUUUUAUCACUCGUGUCUUUUUUUCUCCUUCUCUCCUCCUUCCUCUGUCUUGGUGAUAUCCCCAGAGGCCGUCGCUAUACCCCAAUUGACGCACCGGGCGCAGAACAUUGGUCUCUGCCGCGCGCUGGAUACGGAAGAUCUGCUUCGAUUGCGAGGGGCGGGGGGCAACUAAAAAGCAAGGAUUCGAACGUCUGUGCGGCGAGCCUUUCAGGACGAAUAUGAGCGAACCUGCAGAUGCUAUUCACGUGGAGGGUCAGGCCUCGGGCAGCGAUACCAUCUAGCGAACAAACCUGUGCAAAAAUUGAAAACAUUUUUCAUAUAGAAUAUCCCUUGUAUAGGCACAGACAAAAGCCGUUUCAGGGAUAAAGAGUGCCACGCUCCGUGAUGCUACCAAUGUGCGUGUACAUGUUCUCGGUUGGGAAAGGAAA